CCGCCCCGGGGCUGUGGCUGUGCGGGGCCGCGCGGCCAAUGAGAGCGGCGGUUGUUGCAGGGCCGGGAGGCGGCGUUGCCACAGCAGCGGCGGUCGGAGCGGAGCCGGAGCCCGAUUCCGAGCCGGCGGUCGGGGCGCGCCAUGGAGGGGCUGGAAGGUGAGGUUGCAGUGCAAACUGGAGAUCUGUUGCCAUGUAAGAUUUGUGGAAGGACUUUCUUCCCAGCAGCACUGAAAAAGCAUGGACCCAUUUGCCAAAAAACUUCUGCCAAGAAAAGGAAGACAUUCGAUUCCAGCCGACAGAGAGCAGAAGGAACUGACAUUCCCACAGUAAAACCUCUUAAGCCACGGCCAGAACCACCCAAAAAACCUUCCAACUGGCGACGAAAGCAUGAAGAAUUUAUAGCAACUAUACGAGCAGCCAAAGGACUUAAUCUUAAAGAUGGUGGAAAACUCCCUCCACCACCUCCGCCAUCAUAUGACCCUGAUUACAUUCAGUGUCCAUAUUGUCAGAGGAGAUUUAAUGAAAACGCCGCUGACAGACACAUCAAUUUCUGUAAGGAGCAAGCUGCGCGUAUUACUAAUAAGGGGAAAUUGGCAGCUGAUACCAAAGGGAAGCUUCCUACUCGAACACAGUACAAACCUGCUGCUGUUAAGAAGAUGCCUUCUGUAGGAUCGACACCAUCACCGUCGUCACGCUUACCACAGCCGAGUGGCAUUAGCAAAACUGUUGUAGGUGCCUCUUCAAAUAAAGCACUGCCUUCAUCUGGAUCCAGUGGAAGUAAAAUUCAGACGUUAUCACCAGCUCAUAAAAACUCACUGGGAGUGGUGAACCCACAGGCAGGAGGCUCAGCAAAAGCCCGGACAUCAACCCCUCCUAGUGUGGCAAGAACCAUGAGCACGGGUGCUCUAACAAACAAAAGAAAAACUAGCAAUUCAGACACUUACUUAAGGUCUGACGGUAAAAUUGGAUGUGACAGUGGAGACUGUGCAUCCUCAGUCAAUGGAGGAAGUUCAAAAAGCAGCGAAAGAAUUUCACCUGUACACUUAUCAAAGUUCUGCCAUGAAUGUGGAACAAGGUAUCCAGUGGAGUGGGCAAAGUUUUGCUGUGAGUGUGGAAUUCGAAGAAUGGUUGUGUGAACAUAUCCUUAAAAGCAAAAAGAAAAUGAGAAAUUGGAAGCAUCUGCUAUGUACUGUUGCAUGGAAAGCUAGAGCACUCGAGCCAGUUUGACUUCAUGCUGCAAACAUGUCUAAACAUCAUUUUGUAAUUUUCUGAGUGCAAUCUUCUGGUUACACAGUUAUUUAUAAAUGAAUAUAUAUACUGUAUAUAAAAAUAGUAGCUACUAAGACUGUGCCAUUCAAGGAAAUACUCUUUACUCUCUGCUGGAAAUCUUUAAAAUUAAGGUAAAGAUGUGUUAAGUAAUCUAGGUAGCAGAAGUGGUUCAAUGUUAUUUUUUUUUUGUAAAGCCAACUAGACAAAGGAUUUUUUUAAAUCACAUAUGCAGGGUAAUACUUACCCAUAGAGAACUAGCCAUGAAGAACUUGGGCUUCAGAAGUUUCUCUGUGGAGGUAUUUCCUUCAUCUGUGACAGUAACUUAGAUGCUGUGUUCUAAGUGAAAACAACAUGAGCAACUCCUUAUAAAUUCCAAAUUAAUAGUGUCAAAAGUCUGGAUCUUUAAACUCUCUAACAGUAAUAUCCUAAUUGGACUUUCCAGUUACUUCCUAGGACUUUUUAAAGAAUCAAAGUAAAAAGACUACCUGAGAAUUUUCUUUGCAUGUAAGAAGAAAGGCAAGAUUUGGCUUUUCAUGUUCUGUUUUUCAAGAACAUGUUAAUAUUUUUAUCUAUUUAUAAGGGCAAAUAUCUUCAUUUUAUUAAGUUCCUUUUGUUCAGAAAUACUUGUCUUCCUCCUCCUGUGCUCCACUAUGACUAGCAUAUCUAAAAGUGUCGUGCUUCAUGUCUUUGUCUUGUUUCCAAAGGUCCUGCUUUUUUUUUUUCUCUUCCCUCAUUUCCUGAAGGAAAGAUGAAGUCUAUGUUUAUCCUACCUAAAUGUUGAACUGUUAUUUUGAAAACAGCCUUCUUGAUGUAUCCAAUACCAAAAAAAAAUAGUUCCAUAAAAAAGUAUGUUAUUAUAGCAGUAAAACUUGAUGUAAAUAGUGACUAUUUUUAUUCUUAUUCCUGCGAAAAUAGCACAGCUUGCAUAUGAGUGCAUAGUGGAGUAGCUGUGCUUCAUAGCUUUAUGUGUCAAUACCUGACAUGGGUUUUACUGCAAUUUUAUGUAUUCUUGGGCUCUGAACAGCAACCUCUUGAAAUCAGUAACAGACUUCACAUUAAUUCUUGUGGAAGAAGGGUCAGACUCUGAAAGUUGUUGGGUUCACAAGCUGAAUCAUUUACUUUGUAUCUUAAUGUAGUAAUUUGUUUUGUGAAGUUUUGCUUUGAAGUACUUGCACCGUCUUCAUAAUGCGUAAAAGAACAAUCUGAAACAACUCAACUGUGCCUUUCCUGCAGUAAAUACACUCUUUUUGUGUUGUGGUUUGAAACUUCCAAGAACUCUUGGGAGUUUCAAAUCACCACACUGUGUUAGAAAUUAAUACUUUCAGCUCACAAACACCAUUAACAUGAAUUCAUGUAAUUUCUUUGUAGCUUACGAAAAAUACAAUGUAGUGUUCCAUGAUAGUAUUAUGGUCAUUGUUUGCAUUCUCAAAAACUGUGAUUGUUAUCAAUGGGGCCAAUUUAGAAGAAAACAUUAUUGAAGAAAAAUAUCUUCAAAGCACAUACCAGUCUUGGAGGAUGAGAGAUUUAAGAGUCUUGAUGUAGUCACAUUGCAGGCCGCAAACUCUCGAUAUUUUAGAAUUAGUUAAAUGAUUGUCUUACACUUUCUAUACAAAAUUAUUUUUAGAAAUUAUCCUUAAUUCAGUGUAGUGUUAUUAUAAUUGGUGUAAGAUGGCUGUUGAGCAUGGUAGGAUGGAUGACUUGUAAUGAUAGUUAGAACUGACUAGGCCAAUUUAUUUUCUAAGUAGUUUAGAUUCUGGGAUCUCUAUUAUGACAUAUUCAUAUCUGGCCUUGGAAGAACUGGAAUUCUGCAUUCCUUUGCAUAGAAAAGCUUACUUUGGAAAAGUUGCCCUGGACUUGGGCCACAAAGAUCUGCAGACUGAACUAUUGCAAGCCGAGAGUCCAUCAGCAAAGAUACCAGUCCAGAAUAGAUUUGAUCAUUUAGUGAAUCUACUCUGACUUGGUGAAUUUUCAGUUGAUUCCACUGGAAAAUGCGUUUUACCACUUUCUACAAAGGGAAUGUUUAAUACGGCACUAAUUCCUUUCAACUUUUCCAGGAGUAAUAUGACUGUAGAAAAAACAAAUUGUUUCUCUUUUGAAUUGUAGGUGGCAGGUUUCCCAGUUUCAAAUCAAUCCCUAUACAGUUAGUGUAUUUUUUGCCUUUUGAGUUGUUUGCGUGAUUCUUUGCUUUCAGUGCAGCAUUUAGUAAAUUACUGGAGUAGCACAUCAUUUACUUCAUUUACACUUCUAUGAUUUAUCACAAGGACUACUACACAGGAGAUUAACCUAAACUGAAAAAAUGAUUUUUAAAACUGAUAGUUUAAUUUGGCCUUAAAAAGAAGGUCUAUGAAGCAUAAUUGACUGUUGAUAGUAACAUUGGAUAAUGGAUGUGUGUGUUUGAAUCUACAGUAAAUAUGAGCAGAAAUGAAAUUAUAUUUGACUGUGCAGUUGGCUACUGUAGAGUGACUGUCAGAGGCCCAGUAUGUUUCCUGUUUAUCAAGUGGUUUUGUUACUGAAUGACAUAGAUUUCUGAAGUCACUGAUGUUACAGACCCUAGCCUGUAUUACACAAGUUAUCAGCACAGAUUAUUGUAAUUCCAUCUUGGUGAAAUGUUUGUAGAAAACAGCAGAUUUGUUUUCAGAAUGCCCCUGCAGAAGUGAAUGUGGGAAACAAAUUUGUUAUAUUUAAAGAAAAAGAAACGUUAAGGGAGUUAGACUUUGAAUUUUGAAUCUUUAGUAUAUUACACAUGUCAAGAGUUCCCAAAUUUAAUUUAUUAGUGAUCUAAGUCCAAAUCCUCUUGCCCUAGUUUUCCCCACACCUUUAUGCCUUGGUUUUCAUGGGAGGAAAAAACAUGAACUAUGCACUGUCUAUUUUGUAGUGAAAUUUAUUGAUGUGAUUCUUUUAAUGAUUCCUAUACCAUUGUCUGACCCUAUGGCAGACUUUUCUUUUAUUGUCUGCCAUUAUAUCUUCCUAAUGUGCUUACUAAGGUUCUUCCAUUCAUUGAAGGAAAAAAAAAAGAUAAAAUUCCAUUUAAAGAAAUGAGGAAAAGGCUGUUUUUGAUGUUCGGCCUGAGGGAGUUUGCAUUCUCAUUGUACUUUUGUGAUUAGUGCCAGGAAUGCAGGAUCAUUGGAACUAUGCUGAUAGAAGUGCAAUGGAGUUACGAAAAAUACUAGCUUCAGUAGUAAAAACAGCGUAAGACUUAAUCUCUAUAUGAUGUGUCCUACACAGAUUUAUAUGCAUGAUACUCACACCCUAGGUAGUUUCAGAACUGGAAUCCCUAAAUAUACAGCAGUUAAAGUAUGUGUUUAUAUGGAUGAUUAUACCAUCAGUCUCACACAGCAAUGCAGGGAAGUGGGCACAGGGAGGUGCUUCACUGCUAUUUCAGGUUGUAACUAUGAAAUGAACAUUUAGGCAGAAUUUUUCAAAUUCGCCGAAGAGACUCGAGGAGCCCUUGAACUCCCCAGGAGUCCUUCAACUCCCCGGAGCGAAUGGGAAAGCUCCACCCAAGGGUUCCCCGGAUGGGAGGGUAGUGCAGCGGGGGAAGCUCUCCAUGGUGCUCCAGCGUGGAGCCUCUCUCGCAGUGCCAGAGCAGCAGCUGCUCAAGUGCAGACACGCAUCCCACAGGUUUUCAGGAUGGUAACUCCAAAUUUUAAGACCUGACCCAGUUUUUGUGUCAUGGAGGUUCUCUGUCAUCUGCAAGAGACUACUAGCUCCGAGUUCACCACCACAACUGAGAGCGUGUGCAAAGAGAGCGGUUUCGUGAUGCGUGCUUACCAAAUCAGUGGAAGGAAGAAUGAUGGCAGUAUUUAAAUGCUAAUAAACAAGGUAUGUGUCAGUGCACACUAAUGUAGGCUAUGUAAUUAGUCUACAUAUAAAAUUAAGUGGUAUUCUCUAUGUAUUGCAAAGCUCACAAAAAGUGCUGGUUUCCAUCACACAGACUUUGUAUAUGGGCAGAGAACAAAUCCGUUACGAGUGAUUUUUAAUCUUGGCUGACAAAUUUGUGAUUUCUAAGAGCACUUUUUGCAACUUUAAUUCUAUCCAGUUUGACUAAGCUAUGAAUAAUUAUAUGGGUUGUAUGACAGGGUAGAAUUUUUAUCUUUGGUAAAAUUGGUUUUAGUGACUCUGGUGAAAAUAGUUUUUAUUGCCUUUGAAGUGCAGCUUAUUCCAACUUGUGAUCAUUUUGCUGCUGGUUGGUUUGGUUGGGGCUUUUUUCCAACUUGCUGACUAAGAUUUGAGUGACCUAAUUGUGUUGUUGGAAGAAGUGCUAGGUAAAAGACUCUGUUAACUGUAUUCAGUAGUUACUUGGUUGAUAUGUUCUUUGCAGUAUUCACAGUAUAAGAGAUUACUCUUGCACGUUAGUUUGUUUUUUGUUUUGUUUUGGGUUUGGUUUUUUGGUGUUAUGUCAUUCCAGAAUGCACAUUUCUGGAGGAUCCUAUUUAGGCCCAUUCCACUUCAUCUUGCCAGAAAACAGCUUCUUCAAACUUCCUUUUAAUUAGUGCUUUUUCUUCACAAAAAUAAUCAGUAGGGAAAUCACAUUUCCCCAAUUUGAACAUAAUACUUUGAGUCAGCAAAUCAAAUAUUCAGUUUAAUAUAGCUGAAUAUUGAACCUAAGUUCUAAAUAGGAGUGCAUGGUUUACCAUAGUUCUUUGUUUCUGUUUGGCUUUCUGGCAGAACCAUGAAUGGAUUUGGGUGGGAUUUGUAGAGUGCUGAAUAUGCUAUGACUGUUACAACACCUACUUUAUAUGAUUGCUUUAAUUCUUGGUGUUCAUCCCUCAUAUGACACUUAAUAUGUUUAUCUUUGUAAGUUUAUUUAUUGAUGUUCCACGUUUUUAAACAAUGUGUUCAUUCAUGUGUUUGAGGUGAUUCAUUUUGUCAGCGUUGCAUUUAUUAUGUUUGCCUUACCCCUCGGUGCAUUAAAUAUUUGUGUAUGCGACCAUCCGGGGGGGGUUUUUUGCCAGAAUUCCUGGGUUUGUUUGCAUUUUAUUCAGUACAUUUUGUUUAUUUUAAAGUGUCAGUUCUGUUUUAAUUAAUAAAUGUAAAUCAGCACCUAAUGCUAAUUUGCCACUUGUUAACAAUAAAGCAAAUAUGCUAAUAAAACAUUUUG